ACAAGCUGACUGAGGUUAAUCGAUAGGGAACUGAUUGUUGGGGGUGAAGCACCGAUUGUCAUCCUUUUCCUGGAUGCGUGCAAAAUCGUCUAAAAUAUUUCCUACGUUAUUCUGUGUCAUUGUGUGUGUUGCGUAUUAUUCUAGGUUCGAUGAAAAAGAGAGGGAUAUUGGAUGUCAAAGAGUACCUUAGUUGGUAGAGUAGUGGUCUCGCAAUCCGGGUUUAAAACCCAGUCGGUGUGCCGGAUGUUCUUUGAUUCUGAUGCAAAAGAUGGCUUCAUCGAAACAACUAUCAGAUAGUCUAGAAUGUCCCAUUUGUCAUGAUCUACUCUGCAAUCCUAAACUUCUGCCAUGUUCACAUUCUUUUUGCGAAAGAUGUUUGACCGAACUUCACUCUUUUCAGCAAGCUGAUUCCGGGUUAACUUGUCAAGUGUGUCGCCAAAUUGCAAAUGUUCCGGGAAAUGAUGUGUGUAACUUUCCGACAAACCUAAUAGUCAAGUCCCUCGUCGAAGAUUUCAAAAGAAGAUCAGAUGCUAAGGUUGAACGUAUCAAAGGGAGUGGAGCAACCGCCAUUCAAGCUUGCACGGUUUGUGAUAGUGAGGAUCAAGAUAUUGCAACCUACUACUGCCAGAACUGUACGGAGUUCCUUUGCGAAGACUGCUUGCAACACCACAAUAGAUACAAGCGGAAUGCAUGCCAUGAGACUGUGAAAGCAAAUGACAUCGAGAUGGGAGUUGUCAAAAUGAAAUUCACAUGCCCUACACAUCCACAGGAACUGCAGCAGUUUGUGUGUACCACAUGUCUGGUUCGAAUCUGCUGCAGAUGCCGGGAGGUCGAACACAAAGAAGAUAGACAUGAAGUCAUCGCGAUUGCCAUGUACGAAGAGAAUCAACAUGAGAAAAUGGCAAUUAUGUUGGCGAAAAUUGAUGAAAGAGGUGUUGAUAUCAAUAAUUACUUGUCUGAAUUGCAGGAGACGGGUCAAAAUGUAAAAAGUAUCAUUUCUCAACGACGGCAAGAAGUUAAAAUUGCUUACGACACUGCAGAAGAACAAUUGCGAGGGAGAAGAGAUGAAUUGCUCAUUGAAUGCAGUAAUGAUGGUAACAAAUUCUAUCAGGAAUUGCAAGAAAAAGAAGAAUGCAUUAAUACAUUUCUAGGAGCUGUAUCUAAUCGGGCCUCUCUUGUGAACGAUGGCCUGGGAAAACUUUAUCAACCAGAUCUGUCACUCGCUGAUCAUGCAGCACGAUGGGGUGAUCUUGAAAGUUUUCUCAUGAAUGAAGACAUCUCCUCACUUCUCGCUCAGUUAUUAAACAUACGACAGCGUGCAGAAUCUUUGACCUCCCGUAUGGCUGCUUCUACCAUUGAUCUUAGCAUUGGAACUGUUCUCGUCAAGGACCAUCGUCUGGAUGGAGAACCAAAGAGUAGUGAUGGUAUAGCGAUAGCUCCGAGGAAAGGGGAUACUAUUUUCAAGAAGGAACCCUCCGAUGACCUUGUUUCACAUCCCGCUACGUCGACAAACGUAACCUCCCAAGCAAAGCCCACUUCCGACAGUCAAGCUCCUUAUGAAAGUCCCUAUGAUCGUCUUGAUCUUGGAACUCUAGAAAGGAAAAUAGAUGAUUUACAGGCCAGCAUGGCUACCAGUACGACUCCGAAAAACGAAAGCCAUUCUUUAAAUGGAGAACUCAGACGGACCUCCGAGUGUCCGGAUAUUAACAGGGCUAGUGUUCGUUCUCGAUUUUUAAAUCUUAGAUUUAGACUUAAAAACGGAACAUUCUAGCAUUUUUUGUUUUUAUCUUGAUCAGGAUAUAAUCAAAUAAAUUUAUUGGUGAGAGCACGAAGCGCGAUCUGAAAAUGUUUGAUAUUCCAACCUGAAAAACUCGACAGUUUAAGCACUCAUUUAGAUCAAGACAUGUAUUUCAAUAAAACGAGCAUGAAUACUGGGAUGAUUUUUUUAAUAGAUUUAUUCCGAAACUGGGCAUUCUUUUCACUUUUCGUAAUCAUGAAAAGAACGGGUGUCUCCUAAAUAAAUGAUGCGAAUUUAAAUUUUGGGGAUUUAGACCCAAAACGGGAAAUUCUAAUCAAACUUUGUUAAUAUUAGACAUGAUGUGUAUUUAACUUAACAAUUAUUGUGAAUGCAAAGCGAUAAGAAAUAUUUAAUAUAGGCCUUCUGACCUGGAAAGGUGACGUUUCAUGAACUGUUUUGGGGAAUCCAUGAAGAGGAUACGCAUCUCGCUAAUCAAAUAAUGCUCGCGCGUAGCGCGAGCUGAAAAUUGUUUAUAUUUAGCACUGUUUU